UGCAGUUACCACCGGAGAGGGUACACAGAGGGAGAAACUGUACAGCAGGACUCCGCGAAAAGAGAUCACCCGUUGACAGGAUACAAUGAUACAUAAUAACUUCUCGACUCCAAUCUGAUAAAGGAUACCACAUCAAAUUGUUCUCUCCUUUACACUUAGAAGGGGAAAAGUAAAGAAAAAUGAAGAAACAGUUCAAUCGGAUGAGGCAACUAGCCAACCAACAUGUUGGCAGGGCAGAGAAAACUGAGGUCCUAAGUGAUGACCUGUUGCUGAUAGAAAAACGGUUGGAUGUAGUGAGAGCGGUUUCCCACAAUACUCAGAAACGGCUGGUAAUGUGUUUGCAAGGUCAGAUUGGGACAGACGCAGAGAAGAGACAUAAAAAGCUUCCAUUAACAGCACUUUCACAAUGUAUGCAGGAAGGGGGUAGUCAGCUAGGUGAAGAGUCACUUAUUGGUAAAAUGAUGGAAGCCUGCAGCGAUGUGGAGAGCAAGCUGGCCAUGGAGCUGUCGCAGCACGAGGUGCAGAUAGAGAAGGACGUCUUGGACCCUCUCAACCAGCUGGCAGAGGUGGAUAUUCCAAACAUCCAGAAACAGAGGAAGCAAUUGGCAAAGUUGGUACUGGACUGGGAUUCAGCUAGAGCCAGGUGGAACCAGGCUACCAAGUCCAUCAUUUCAGGAACCAAUUUCCAAGCACUGACAGCCAAAGCAGAGUCACUCAAAGAUGAAAUGGUUGAGGCAGGCAACAAAGUAGAGCUGUGCAAGGACCAGCUUGCAGCAGACAUGUAUAAUUUCUUUUCUAAAGAAGGGGACUAUGCACGCUAUUAUGUAAUGUUAUUAGAAGAACAAGCAGAGUACCAUAGAAAGGCUUUAGCAGUGUUAGAAAAGGUCCUGCCGACCAUCCAAGCCCAGCAAGAUUCAUGGACGGAGAAGCCAGCCUUCGGGACUGCACUGGAAGACCAUCUGAAACGCAGUAACCGGGAGAUAGCUCUGCCCAUCGAGGCCUGCGUGAUGAUGCUAUUAGAGACUGGCAUGAAGGAGGAGGGCUUGUUUAGGAUUGCUGCUGGACAGUCCAAGCUAAAGAAACUGAAGGCGGCCCUCGACUGCUCCACCUCCCAGCUCGAGGAGUUUUACUCGGACCCUCACGCUGUCGCCGGUGCACUAAAGUCUUACGUGAGAGAGUUGCCGGAGCCCUUAAUGACUUUCCACCUGUAUGAUGAAUGGAUCCAGGCAUCAAAUGUCCCAGACCCAGAUAAGAAACUUCAGGCUCUCUGGGUAAUCUGUGACAAACUGCCAAAGCCUAACAAAGCAAACUUGAGGUAUCUAAUCAAAUUCCUUGCAAAGUUAGCACAGGAAAGUGCCGUCAACAAGAUGACCCCUAGCAACAUUGCAAUCGUGUUGGGACCUAACCUGCUGUGGGCUAAAAACGAAGGAACGCUUGCUGAGAUGGCAGCCGCUACUUCAGUCCAUGUGGUAACAAUUAUUGAGCCAAUCAUCCAGCAUGCAGAUUGGUUCUUCCCUGAAGAAAUUGAUUUCAACGUAUCUGGGAUGUUUGCUCCGAUUCCCAGCAAUCACACAAACCACCACGGGGGCGAGUUUGAUUGUGGGACGCUGGAAAGGAAGAGGCCAGUCAGCAUGGCCGUGCUGGAGGGGGAUUUGAUGAGGAAGGACAGCUUGGGUGGUAAACUAUUGGAUCAGACUCCGCGUAGAGGAGGCACUCUUAAUAGAAAGCACACGUCCCCUGCCUUCCAGCCCCCCCUGCCCCCUGUGGAGCCUGGGGGGGUGCUGCCACAGCCUGUUGCCGAGCAACAGCUGCAGGCUCAGCAAAUGGGCGCAGGCCCUGAGAUCAGCCAAUCAGGCUGUGCUCAGGGUCAGCUUGCUAGUACUGCAGCAGUGCCACCAUUAAUACCAGUAACGGAGGAAUCCAGCUCUUCAAAACCAAAAGACACGGCAUCCACACCUCCACCCUUGCGGAAUGGUGGCAACGUUGCAGCUUCAGGUCAGAGCCAGCCUCACUCUGCAGGCACCACUGCCAACCAGCUGGGUGUAGGGCACACACAGAACACCACAGGACCCAGCCCGCACGUGAUCAGGAGAGCUACAAAGAAGCCUGCUCCAGCCCCACCAAAACCUGGAAACCAUCCCCCUGCACAACCUGUCAGCCAAGGACCUCCUUCAGCAGCCAGUCAACUGUUUACCCAGUCUCCCAAGCCAUCUGCUAGCCAGGGGACAGGCCAUUCACCUCCCAGCCAGCCCAGCAAUCAGGGUUCAGUGCAGCCCCACUUUCCUGCCCAGCCCUCUGUCCAACCACGCAGACAUUCGAGCAAUCUACUUACAUUCCAGGCCCCGAGCCAUCCUCCCCCACAGCCUCCAACACAGGCCACUCCUCCAGCACAGCCCAAAGCCUUCAGCCAGGCCACCGGGGGUGCCAGUGAGUCAGGAGGACCAGAACAGUCUCCUCCCAGGACCCCCACACCGCCUGACACCCCUCCCUUAGUCACACAUGGAGGGACAACUCCUCUAGCAGCAGCUAUCCAGCCUUCACCCACCAGUGGCCAUGACAGCCUCCAGAACUCGUCACCCUUACAGUCCAACACUUUGCCCAGGCCACGGCCUGUACCGAAACCCAGACACAGGCCAAGCGUGCCCCCGCCACCACAGCCUCCUGUGAAUGAAAACUCCAAUGGCAACGCCAACACAGCUUCCAAAAUAAUCACAGAUUCCAGUACCACUGUGCAAGGGCAGCCUUGCAGCUUCAUCCCUGAGCUUCCUGUGGAACAAGUGACUCCUUUGGCUGGCCGAGAGCUUAAUCACCAGCUGCAGAACACUGACCAUGACACUGAGAGCACUGCGUUGUGAAGCAGACUCAGCACUAUCACUUAAACCUCUCUCCAUUCUCGCAUGCUGAAAGCAAACGCUCUUCCGAAUUAUCAGAAGGAACAACUUCUCUAACAUUUCUGCAGCAUGCUUUCCAGUGAGUCGUGGCAGCACCUUUCAAACAUCGCCUGCAACUAAAUGCUACACCUGGGCCGUGGUAUAUCCAAGAUUUUGCUUUCGAACUGCAACAUCAUGGGAACGUUGACUGUACUCUGUGAAAACCACUUGGCUGCAAAAGCCUUAUACGUAGGACACUUCAAUAUCUGUCGUUGUUGGGAUAUAUUAGCAACAAUGCUGUAGGUAACAAAAAUGCACUAUCCAUGCUGGUUGCUAUCAAACAGGCUUAUUGGAUAAAAAAAAAAAAAAAAACUUUGCCACUGUCCUGGAAUUCUCAUUUUUUCAUG